AAUCCCUCACCAAUCCCAUCUCCUUAAAUUCCCAAAAUCUCUCUCCAAACAAAUGCCUUCCCUUCAUAAAUCUCACCUCUCCCUCCAAUUCCCAAAUCCGCCAUUGAAGCACCUCCGAAAAACCUUCAAACCUUCACACCUCCAAUGGCUGCCGACCACAACAAGAAGAAGAACCUCAUGAAAUUUCCUUCCAUUUUCAAAUCCAGAGCAGGCGAUGCUUAUUCCACCAAGCCAUGGGACUGGCCUUCCUGCAAGCAUCCCAAAACCGACUCAUUCCGUGCUCAAAACAACAGCGUCGUCUUCAAAACUGUGAACUCUAUCUUCUUCGAAGAUCGCGAUUUCGAUUCUUCACUCUUCACCAACUCCUCUGCAACGAACUCCACAGCCACCGAUUCUGACGACCGCGACAUUCUUGACGGCGAUUCACUCGAGACCGUCGUCCGCGGCGCUAGAUCGGAACGGCUCUUCUUCGAACCGGAUGAUACGAGUUCGAUUCUGGAAAAAUCGAAACCGAUUGAAUCGGAACCUCUGUUAGGUUUUAAAGAGAGCUUGAUUGUGUCGAUUGAAUCGGCGAAUCCGUAUGAGGAUUUCAGGAAAUCGAUGGGGGAAAUGGUGGAGAGCCUUGAUGUUAGGGAUUGGGACGGAUUGGAGGAGCUUUUGGGAUGGUACUUGAAGGCUAACUGGAAGAACAACCAUGGCUUCAUAAUUGGGGCUUUUGUUGAUUUACUGAUCCAUAUUCUUCUCUCUUCAUCUUCAUCUUCAUCUUCUUCUUCAUCAACAUCAACAUCCUGUUCUAAUUCCGAUUCAAAUUAUUACUCAUGCACUGAACUUUCUUCUUAUUCUUGUGCAUCGUCUCUGCGAUCGCUGGAUCGAUCGAUUCAACAGGAGGCCGAUGAAGAAGAAGAUGAUGAUAAUAUCAGAGAAAUCGUGUAGCGAGUUCCCGAUUUCUUCGUCAUUUUUUUUCCCCUUUUUUUGGGAGUUUUAAUAUUUCCUUUUUCAUUUUUGUAUUGUAUAUAUUGAUAUUGAUAUUUUAGUUGCUGAUGAUC